GAGCCAACGAAGAUAAAAAGAAAACAAAACGCAAGAAAAAGAAGAAAAAUGAUUCCUCUGAGGCCACCGACAAAAUCGUCGAUAUGUAUAAUGCCAUUUAUGGCAUGCGUCAAGAAAUGGAUAAAAUUCGCAAACCCACAGGCACCCAAGAUAAUCCGGGACGAACAUGUCGUGAUUUACAUUAUGCUCAUACACAAUUCGAAGAUGAUUGGUAUUGGAUUGAUCCUAACGGUGGUAUGCCCGACGAUGCUAUUAAGGUUUAUUGUAAAAUGUCUAGUUAUGGAGAAACCUGUAUAUAUCCCGAUGUUCACACUUCAGAAAGACCCCUAGUGCCUAUGCGCUACUCGAACGAAAAGCAAUGGUUCUCUCAAAUGCAGGGUGGAGCUAAAAUUAGUUAUGAUGGUGUUGGUGUUGUGCAAUUAACUUUCCUAAAACUUUUAUCUGAAGAAGCCUAUCAAAACUUUACAUACUAUUGUCGCAACUCGGUGGCCUGGCAUGAUCGUGCUCAAAACAAUUACGAAAAGUCUCUUAAAUUUAUGGGCGAUAAUGAAGUGGAAAUAACAAUAAAAGAGGCAGCGCUCAAACCGAAGGUGAUAAAAGAUGAAUGUGCGAACUCUUAUUCGUCCGGUUCUACCGUCUUAUUAUUCACCACAAAACGUUUGAACUAUCUGCCUCUGAACGACUUUUUGCCCUCGGACUAUGGCAAAGAAAAUCAAGCUUUUGGCUUUAAAGUUGGCCCCGUUUGCUUUAAGUAGUUGUCAAUUUUAGUUUAAUUAAUAUUGUUCAUUAAAUUCUGAAAUUUUGAAUCUCUGUAUACCAAAUCUUUUAUGUUAGUCUAAGAAUACUUAGUCCAUGUAUAUGAAAACAGUUAAGUUUGAAUUGUUGACUGCCAUUUUGUUUGCUUAAGAUAAGUUUUUUUUGAUAAUUAAAAAUGUACGAGCAUUUAAUAGUUUUUAAGAUUUUUUUAAUUUAAGCUGAGAGAGUCUGUACAGUUAAGUUAAAGAUGAAGAGUUUGUAAAUUUAAAAUAAAAUUUAGAAACAAUUUAUAAAAGAAAUACAAA